GAUGUGCUCAGAUAAAGAGUGACUUUAUUGUCUGUGAUUCGGAUGAAGAUUUAACCGAGUUUAAACCGGAUUUCUGACCGUAUCGUGUUUUGGAGUUGUGAAGUUCUAUCCGAAGCAGCUGUGGUUCCUGGAGUACGCGCUGAUCGUCUACUAGUUGUGGAGUUGUGGGCGAUAAAGUUUUGCCGAAACGAGCCAUCAUCUUCUACCCCAGGCCACGCCAUUUUGCUACGAUAAAUCUUCUAGUGGCACUCACGGUUCAUCUCUCGUUCACCCGCUGAUACACACACUACUUUGAUCAGAAUCAAAACAAAACCAACGAUGAGCUUCAAGCGAUCGAGGGAAGACUUGACCAAAUCAGAAUCGGAGGAUGAGCCGGUUCAAUCCCUGGACCAGCUCUUUUCUCGAAUGAAAUCUAUGUUUGAGGAAACCAACGAGAGGAUUGAAUGCUGUAAGACGGAUCUGCAGUCUGAAUUUGCUGUUCUUCGCGACGACAUGCAGCAGUUCAAAGACGAAUGCACCAACAAUGUCAACAAGCUGUCUGCUGAACUAUCCAAAACCCAGGACAACGUCAGCCUCAAUUAUGAACGGAUCCUCAUUUGCGGUAAACUAAACGAUCUGCUGCUGUCUGGUGUGCCGUACCAGUCAUCGGAAAACAUCUCAAAUUACGUUAGGAGUGUUUCGCUUGCCCUGGGUUACAGCGAUCAAGAUCGUCCGUUGAUAUACACAAAAAGGCUGGCUCGUCUUCCAAUCGCUGACGGCGCUGCUCCCCCGUUGCUGCUCCAGUUUACCUUCAGAGCUGCACGAGAUGAAUUUUACCGACGAUAUCUCUCAUCGCGCAACCUGUCGCUGUCACACCUGGGCUUCACGAUCAACAAGCGGAUCUACCUAAACGAAAAUCUGACGGAACUGGCAAGAGCAAUCAAAGGGAGUGCUCUUAAGCUGAAGAAGGAUGGCAAACUGCACAGUGUUUUCACCAAGGAUGGAUUCGUGCAAGUGAAAACCCGUGCGGAGGAUGAAGCUCGGCCAGUACUCUCAAUGGAGCAGCUGACCAACUAACCCUUUCCUUAAAGCGCUCUCUCUUCCUUCCUACAACAUCCAUGACUCCCAUCCUUAAUCCCGGUGUUUUCAUCCUUCCUGAAAGUUAAACCUCUCCUGAACAAGCUUUUCUUUUUUCCUUCCAAGUUAAUCCGUGACUCCUAUCCUUAGUUAGUCCAUGACUCCUUCCUUCGUGCAAGUCUUACGUUGCUGUACUAUUUCUGGAUGCUGUGAACGUGCUGUUGGUGUGCUGGGAACGCUGCUGCUGUUUUGGAUGCUGUUGCUGUACGAGUGCUGUUGAACCCUGCUGCUGCUUGCGGCGGUUUUUUUUUUGCAAUUCUGACCCGCUGAGGACUGCCCUUAAGUAUAAUUCUUCCGUCUAUCCCUUUCAACACUACCCUUCUCUAUUCUACCCUAUUCAUUUUGCGCUAUUCUUCAUGAAUCACACCUUGGUAGAAGUUGUAAUAAUUGGCUUAUAUAAUGAUUAUAAUAAUGAUUGACGAUCACUCUUUAUUGUUUUGCUUUGUUAAUUUCAAAAUGCCAACCUGGAAUAUGCAUUUACCGUUAAUUCCGUCAUUUGUUCGCGAUGUUGGCUAAUAAUGGUUUAGCUCCGAAUACAAAUCAAAGCUCGUCCAUUCCUCGUAUUGUGAUGAACUGUGCAAUGGAAUCUGAUAAGCUCAACAUAUGUCAUUUAAAUGUCCAAAGUUUAUGUGCGAGAGGUUUGAGCAAGCUUGAAGAAUUUAAGCAAUGUUUUACUAAUAGUAAAGCGAACAUUAUUUGUGUUACUGAAUCUUGGCUUACUGAAAAAAUUGAAGAUGAAUUAAUAUCCCUUGAUGGAUACAAAUUAGUAAGACAUGAUAGAAACAAGCAAACUCGUGGAGGUGGUAUUUGUGUGUAUUUUAAAACGGGUAUUAACUGCAAAAUUUUGUCAUGUUCCAAAAAUGAAUCAAAUAAUAUAACUGAAUUCAUGCUUUUUGAGAUGGAAAUUGCAGGUGAAAAAGUUUUACUUGGUGUUUUCUAUAAUCCCCCGAGAGUUGAUUGUUCAACUGUUCUUUCUCAAAAGCUAGCAGAUCAUUCUCUACAUUACAACAAAAUAAUUUUUAUAGGUGAUUUCAAUACUGAUAUCAGAAAAUCUUGUACUAUUACAGACAAUUUUCUAAAUGUUACUGAUACCUAUGGAUUAAGUUGCAUAAAUACUCAACCUACUCAUUUUCAUUAUGGAGGAAGUUCAAUUGAUCUCCUUCUAACAAAUGAUCCAGAUUUUGUUCUAAAAUUCAAUCAAGUUUCUGCUUCGUGUUUUUCGAGACAUGACAUAAUAUUCUCAACUUUAAAUCUGAACACAUCAAAUACAUCAAACUUUAGUUUAUUUAGAAAUUAUAACAAAAUUAAUUUUCAAGCCUUAGAUCAUGCUGUGGCUUCUAUAAAUUGGAAUCUAUUGUAUUCAAUCACUGAUUCUGAAAUUGCUCUUGAUUUCUUUAAUGUAAAUAUUAAACAACUUUUUGAAAAUUUUGUUCCUUUAUGUAAAUAUAUACCAAGAAAAAACCCAUGGUUCAACAAUGACAUACUCAAAGCUAUGAUUGAAAGGGAUCUGGCUUAUGGCUUAUGGAAAGCGGAUAGAAGUACUUUAAGGUUUGAUGAGUUUAAAAGGCUUCGGAAUAGGGUUACUAACUUAAUCAAUAUUGCCAAAUCAAAAUACGUCGCUAAUCGAUUAAACACUGCAGAAUCCAGUAAAGUUCUCUGGAAGAAACUUAAAGUUAUUAAUGUCAAAAGUAAACAACCUCGUGUAGAGCAAUUUUUGAAUUCAAACAAUGAAAUAAAUUACCAUUUUAGUUCUAAUUUUACGCAAGAUAAUACGCCUCCUCAUACCUUGCUGCCAAAUAACAAUGGCUUUAAAUUUUCAACGGUAGAUAUAAAUGAUGUUAUCCUAGCGCUUAGUUCUAUGAAGUCCGAUGCUAUCGGUCUUGACCAAAUACCACUUAAAUUUAUUAAGCUAAUAUUACCUUUAAUUGUAGAUAAAAUAACAUAUAUUUUUAAUUUAGCCAUUUCAACUUCAAAAUUUCCAAGAGCUUGGAAGUCAGCAAAAAUUAUACCA